AUGGCUUCUGAGAACAAGGUCAACAACGAGCCGUUCUACCUCCGCUACUACUCUGGUCACCAAGGACGAUUCGGCCACGAAUUUUUGGAGUUUGACUUUCGCGUGCUGGGCGACGGUCGCAGCGCGUCUACCCGUUAUGCGAACAACUCCAACUACCGUAAUGAUUCGUUGAUCCGAAAAGAGAUGUGCGUGAGCCAUGCGGUGGUCAAUGAGAUCCGGCGGAUUGUGAAGGAUAGCGAGAUCUUGAAGGAAGACGACACCAAAUGGCCACAGAAGAACAAGGACGGCCGACAAGAACUGGAGAUCAGGCUUGGAAACGAGCACAUUUCUUUCGAGACCGCAAAGAUUGGCUCUCUACAAGAUGUACAGGACUCGUCCGACCCUGAAGGUCUCCGCGUCUUCUACUACCUUGUGCAGGACCUGAAGGCGUUGGUCUUCUCACUGAUCAACUUGCACUUUAAGAUCAAGCCGAUUUGA